GUUGAUAUAAUAACUAUUUAGUAACAAUGACAGACAUCAAACAACGUGAGAGCGGGUUCAACGCAUCUUACGGGAACCGAAUUGACCCAAGCAGCAGGAUGUUCAUAGUUGGAAUUCCAACACGCAUGGAUACGAACACGCUGCGAUCCGAGAUUGAGCAUUAUGGAGACGUUGAAGUAUACCUCUGCGAAAAUUGCGAGGGAGAUAACGGGUGGGCAUUUGUAGGAUUCACAAGGAGAGAUGCCGUGGAGCGAGUAUGUAGGCAAGUAAAGGCCAGACCGCACCGCACAGUAGCCUGAAAUCUUCCUAUAGCUAUAGAAACACCGUAACAGGUGCUAUACGUACU